AUGGAAACAAUUUCCAGCAAGAAAGAAUACCAAGUUUGGGGGAGAUGUUUCAACAAUAUGUGCAGAAGGUGGACAAGAUGUUGCAGCAAAUUAACACGAACUUUCAAAUCAACAGCAUCUAUCAAGAAACUUGAGACACAAAUUGAUCAGAUAGCGCAACAACUUGCAGAACAUCUACAAGGGACUUUGCCAGGCAAUACAAUGAUAAAUCCUAAGGAACGGGUGAUGGCAAUUAAAAUAGUGGAGAACUGUCUACCCAGGGCCCCCGUGAAAGUUAAAGUGUAUAUACCUCCACUUCCGUUUUCCCAAAAACUUCGAAAGAAGUUGAUGGAGCAAAAUAUUCAUGUCAUAAAUACAAAGAUCGAGGUACAAUCGCCAAAGAUCACUACAAAGAGACCUAAAAGAAAAUAUGACCAGGAAGUGAUUGAUGAAACUACAAGGGUAGAAAAAUUUGCACCAAACGCAACUGAAAAUGGAGAAAGUACAGAAACAUCAGCUGUCAAAACACCAAGUCUAGACAAAGCUUACAUGCCUCUCAUUCCUUUUCCUCAAAAUCUCAAGAAGAACAAACAAGACACAAAUUAUGAGAAAUUCUUCGAUGUUCUUAAGAAGCUCCAGAUCAAUGUUUCGUUCACUGAUACGAUACUGCAAAUUCCAAGCUACACAAAGUUUUUGAGAGAGAUGUUGACAAAGAAAAGAAAGUUUCCGGAGUUUGAAACUAUGGCAUUAACUAAGGAAAGUAGUGCAAGAGUCCAGAGAAAAUUGCCUCCUAAAUUGAAGGAUCCAAGGAGUUUUACCUUACCCAUUUCAAUUGGAAAUUCAUGUUCAAUUAAUGCAUUGUGUGAUACCGGUGCUAAUAUCAAUCUAAUGUCGUAUUCUACUUACAGGAAAUUGGUACUAGGUGAAGUCAACUCAACAUCAAUAACGCUACAACUAGCUGAUAAAAUAAUCGCAAGACCACAUGACAAAGUUGAGGAUGUACUAGUAAAAGUAGGAAAUUUAAUAUUUCCUGUGGAUUUCAUUGUAUUGGACAUACCAGAAGAUCAAGACUUUCCAAUUAUAUUGGGUCGGCCAUUCUUAGCAACGGGACGAACCCUUAUUGACAUGGAGAAGGGAGAACUAAUCUUGAGGAUGGAGGACAAGCAGAAGAUAUUCAAUAUUUACACCCAAUAUGAGAAACCUCCCAAUAAAAAUGAUAGUUGUAGAAUUGAUAAAGAAGAGCCACCCGAUCAACGAAGCUAUCAGAAAAAAAAAACCAAAAUUUGGGGAACUUCUUGGAAUAUGACGUCACGGAACACUCAAACCAGCAUAUACAUGAAGAAAAUGGGACAAAUCUCAAGUUUGCGGGAGAAUGUGGAAGAAGAGUCCAUCAAAUGCAACACCAAGGCACCACAACAUCAUAGAUUUUCUUAG